AUGUUGAAGAAAGCAACUUUUUCGCCAUUGAAUCUUUCACUUGCUCCUUUCCUUAUUGUUCUUAUUACUCUCUCGUGUGUUGUUGUUCAUGGCGUCCAAGAGAAGAAGGUUCUCAGUCUACACAACAACAUUUGGUCUUCCAAGAAAUCAAAUGAAGCUUCGAGUUCAUGUUUCUCUCACAAUCUUGGGAAAGGAAGAGAAUCUAAUACACUGGAGAUGAAACAUAGAGGGCUUUGCUCAGGAAAGCCUGUAGAUUGGGGUAAGAAGCUGAGAAGAGCCUUAGUACUUGAUAACCUUCGUGUCCAAUCACUUCAGCUCAGAAUCAAAGCAAUGACCUCAAGCAGCAACGCACAGUCCAUUUCGGAAGCUCAGAUUCCACUGACCUCAGGGAUAAAACUUCAGUCUCUGAAUUACAUUGUGACAGUUGAUUUAGGAGGGAAAAACAUGAGUUUGAUAGUUGACACUGGAAGUGACUUGACUUGGGUCCAAUGCCAACCUUGCAGAUUCUGUUACAGCCAACAAGGUCCUCUGUAUGACCCAUCAGUCUCUUCCUCUUACAACACAGUUUUCUGCAACUCAUCCACUUGUCAGAAUCUCGUAGCAGCUACAGGGAAUUCAGGACUUUGUAGAGGCAACAAUGGUGUCCCAAAGACAACUUGUGAAUACGUUGUCAGCUAUGGAGAUGGAUCAUACACUCGAGGAGACUUAGGCAGUGAAAGUCUCCAACUGGGCGAGACGAAAGUCGAAAGCUUUGUCUUUGGUUGUGGACGAAACAACAGAGGUCUGUUUGGAGGAGCUUCUGGUCUAAUGGGGUUAGGGAGAAGCUCAGUUUCUUUAGUCACACAAACUUUGUCAAUCUUCAAUGGAGUUUUCUCAUACUGUUUACCUUCUCUUGAGGAUGGAGCUUCAGGUUCAUUGUCUUUCGGUAACGACUCCUCUUCUUACAAGAACACAACUUCAGUUCUCUACACUCCGUUGAUACAAAACCCUCAGCUUCGUUCCUUCUACAUUCUCAAUCUCACCGGUGCUAGCAUCGGCGGCGUGGAGCUGGAAAGUGAAAGCUUCGGUAGAGAGAUUCUAAUCGACUCAGGAACGGUUAUCACGAGAUUGCCACCUUCCAUUUACAAAGCUGUCAAGACAGAGUUUCUGAAUCAGUUCUCAGGGUUUCCUUCAGCUCCUGGCUAUUCAAUCCUAGACACUUGCUUUAACCUCACAAGCUAUGAAGACGUGAGCAUUCCCAUUAUCAAAAUGUUCUUCCAAGGUAACGCUGAGCUCGAAGUGGAUGUCACUGGUGUGUUCUAUUUUGCCAAGCCUGACGCUUCCCUAGUCUGCUUGGCCUUGGCAAGUCUGUCAUAUGAAAGUGAAGUCGGUAUCAUCGGAAAUUACCAACAGAAGAACCAGAGAGUAAUAUAUGAUACCAAACAAGAGAUGCUUGGAAUUGCAGGAGAAAACUGUAGCAUCUGA